AACGACAGUCUGUUUCAGUACUUGAAGUGCGCAAGUCACCAGUAAGAAACGAUAUAUAUCGUGUUGAGGAAGGUGUCGUGGCUCUCUGCCAUACAAUUCGAAUAAAAAUACAACAAAAAAAAAACUUAUAUUACCAGUUUCAAUCGUUGAAUUGACGAAAUAAAACUGUAAUUGAUUUAACAAAAUUGUUAGAUUUUUGUUUGUUGUUCGACAAUCGACUGGAAGCACAGUGAAACUAAUAUACCGGACUCCGUACAUUAAUUUGUCAAAAUAUAGAACACCUCGAUGUUCGAGAGAAAAGUGACAGGAAAUCUAUUAUUUUGACGUAAUAAAAUUCAGGAUUUUUGUGUGUUUUGCUUGUGUCACUAUAGAGAGUUAUUUGAUUACCAUUAUAGUGUGAAAUUACCAAGUGGUGCUCAUUUCCAAUUCCAAUAAUAAAAACUGUGUUUACAUUGAUCAUGUUAAUUAUUUCACUGUAAUUAGCGUUAAAUUGCCAUGGAUAACGAAUUCUAUUGGAGCCGAUACAUUCUAGUAAGAGGUAAGAACUACUAUUUUCUAACCAACCAUCAAUGAAAAACUAAUGCGGCCCCGAGGACGUUUACGUACAUCAAUGCCCAUUUUUGGGCUCUAUGUAUACACAAAUUCUUGAAUGGUUUUUGGCAUGACAUUAGCGAAAUAUUGUAAAUGGUGAUGAUAUAAUAAAGAAUAAUCAGGGUGCUGCAAUUUUUAUCAACCCGAAUCUCAAUGUACUUAAACAACGGAAAACGUCGAUUGCGUGAACAGUAACAAAAAUCAACGUUUCCACUUUAUAUGUGAAUUGUGCGACACAUUACAGAGUUGAAUGUGUUCUUCUCAAUAAAUUAGAAGAAAAGAAAAGAAAAAAAACGAAAACCGGCUAACAAACUGUUCAAUUGUUAAUGAUACGAACGUAUAAUUAGAUUUCGGUAUUAAAUAAUCAAAAUGAUAACGCGAAGAAAUUGGCUACUUCGGUGCAGCAUUCUCAUCAACAUAGCUGUCCUGUUAUAUAUUUGCAGUCAUGUUAUUAUUGGAAAUGGUAAUGUUUCCAUUGGACCAUCGUUUGUUAUGCAAGAUGAAUACAAUAUAAAGCCACAGUCUCAUCAACAACAGCAGCAGCAGCAGCAACAACAACAACAACAGCCGCAACAAGCAGCACAGAUUGUCUAUCAAGAAGCAGCUAAUGAUGCAUUGCAGGUCAAUUUACUUCCACAAAAAGAACCACCUCCACCUCAGUGGAAUGCUAUAUCGGGCGAUCAACAGCCGGAUCAAGUGCGUGAAGCAAACGAGAACCUAGAAGAUUCUCGAUUCGAAUUGCCAACAGAACAACCACCAAUUCAACAACAACCGCAACAGCAACCGAAGUCCGGCGGUGCUGGCGAUGUAGUGUAUCAAGAUGUCAAUUUGGUGAAUACCAGCACGAACGAAGGUUUCACGAUGCAAAAUGAAGAGAAGGACCUCGAGACAAGACUUAAAUUACUGAUUGAAUGCCAUAACAAAGGCUAUCAACCUGAAACCAUACAACGUGGUGAUUUCUGGGUGCUAAAGAAUUACAUACGAGCAGAUCACGACGAACUACGCUGUUUUGAAACAAUAACGUACACAACACAUGCGGAUUACACAUUUUUGGACAAUUUAAUUCCAUUGCUAGAAAGAUGGAAUGCUCCUGUUAGCAUAGGGUUACAUGCACCGGGAACCGAUUUCGUUCCGACCAUUAAAGCCAUUAAAUAUUUAAGAGACUGUGCACCUAACGGCCAAUUGGUUCGACAAUUCACCACAUUUCAUAUUUACUUUAGCAGCAAACACAUACCGAAAUUUGUGCCGAAAUUCAAUAAAGUAUUGGACCAACCAUACAACUGUUCGCUGCCGUCACCAUUUGUGAAUAUAACGUCGGCCCAGUUGUACAAAACGCAGAAAAAACUGCUGUACCCAGUGAAUGUGGGCCGUAACAUUGCACGUGAUGCGGCAAUGACGCAUUUUAUCUUAGCUAGCGAUAUCGAAUUGUAUCCGAAUCCGGGUCUAGUCAAACGAUUUUUAGAAAUGAUAGCACGUAACGAUCCGCCGUUACAGCGAAAGAAUCCGAAGGUGUUUCCAUUGUCCAUAUUUGAAGUGGACAGUGCGUCACAGGUUCCUAGGGACAAGACCGAGUUGCAGGAACUGUUGAAGAAAGGAAAAGCCAUACCGUUUCAUAAGCGGGUUUGUUCCAGUUGUCACGGUGUGCCAAAGUCAAAGGAAUGGAUGGCUGCUAAUGAAACUGAUGAACUGGGCAUCUUUCAUAUUGGUAAGAGAACCGGUUACUUUGUUCAUUGGGAACCCAUUUACAUCGGAACGCAUGCGGAUCCACAUUACGAUGAACGGCUGAGUUGGGAGGGUAAGAGUGAUAAAAUGACUCAGGGAUACGCCUUGUGUGCUCUCGACUAUGAAUUUCAAAUUUUAGAUAAUGCAUUUUUAGUACAUAAGCCGGGCAUCAAAGUGUUAAAGAAAGAUACGAAACGAGCCAUGCUGGCGGCCAAAACAAAUCAAUUGAUAAAGAAAAUCAUUUAUCCGGAAUUGCAAGUCAUGUACGGAGUGCGGAAGGGUUGCGCUGUAUAGUAAUGGCACUGAAUAUCCUUUUCUGUUGAUGAAAGGAUAUUCCGGAUCCAUAGUUGCUGCUUAUUACUUUUCACACUCUUCAUUUCUCUGCCAAUAAUUUAUAUUCGAAUGUGCUAUGAGAAUGGUGGGUGAAUGUGUGGUGUAUUGAAAUACGAUAUAUAGGAUCUUGCCAACAGACUAGCCAUCCAUCGAGUGGUAACGGCUGGUUUGUGUCUCUAAAAGCAAAAACGGAGAAUUAGCUUCAGACUGACCAAUAUUCUUUGCCGUUAAAUAGUUAGUGUCGUUCUGUGGCAACAGAACUCAAAGGCGUAAAAUAAUCCUCAGGUUGGGGGGUAACAUAGAAUCUACGCUCAUCACAUCAGGGAAGUAAACAAUGUUAAUUUAGUUUGAGUACUUGCGAUAGCCCAGUUUUAGAUUUAUUGAAUCGUCAAUCUGUACGUCACAUCUAAUUUCCUUAAAAUUCGAACUUUUCAGACUUUCAGAAAAGUUUGUGUCUCGUUAAGCAAUUAAUUCACAUGUCUCUCCAGCAAUAGUGAACAGAACAUAAUUACACGGAUAAAGACACCGUGAUAUUCGAAAGGCUUGAUUUUCACACAUAGUAAGAUGAAAGGAAUUCGAAUCAGUUUGAAUGCCAUUUUCGAAAAUGGAUCGCCACAUUUUGCAACCUUAUGCAAAAGAUAGUUUGUAUCGAGCAUACAGACUAUACUGCAUACUGAGCGGUACAAAAUGUCUAUUGAAAAGCAGAUCAGAUUUUCCGAAACUGAACUGACGAAUCUUUGGUCUCCGGUCAUAUGAACUCCGAUAGACUUAGUCAGUUUCAGAUAAAAAUGACUUACCCAUCAUGUGCAACCAGACCAGUCCUGAGCAUUAGCGUUUGCUUAGAAUCGUGAAUUAUUUAGAAAUUUGUAGAAUUUAAAUUUUAGCAAUUUAACGCUCCCGCGGGUCUGUCAACAGCAUAAAGAGCUUUUCUUGACAACCUGACUUGCGUCUUGUUUCACAUUUUGGGUGAAAUUUUGUUCGUUCAAUGUAGAAUCGAAUGCUGGUUCUUCGACCCAGCAGAUCUGACCCUAUGUAAAUUGAAAUUGAAAAAUUAAGCGAAGAGAAACUUCUGCUUAGCGUAUCUUUUGCACUUUCAAACUGUGAAGAUUUUACUGUAUCAACUGAUAUCAACACUCGACUGACAUCCGAAGAAAAUUCAGUGUUAGACACUUGUCAAGUGGAAUACCGAUGCUGGCGCAAAAUUCGAAUUCCGAAAUUUAAGCCAUCGAUCAUUAUUUUCCUUUCAAAGCAUUUAUUUUUAACUAUCCGGACGAGAUAAAUUGUUAGUUACAUGCUUGCCGGCAAAAGACCGUUCUUUUCAUCAAAUUACAUGGCUGCCUGCCUUAACAUGUAAAAUGUACAAAACUGUCAAAAUGACAAAAGGAAAAAGUUCGAAUUUACUGAAAUU